AUGGGUCGCUUUUACGCUGACAUCACUCACAUUUGUACAGAUGACUUACUCAGUACCAAAGACCUUUCCAAGCCUGACAGAAUGCCUCCGGUAGAUCGAGACGGUGACAUUAUCAUGACCGAAGCCUUGAUCCAGACAACUCCGAUCAGUCCAUUCAAGGAGAAGUUCAAUUUCGAUUGGUUCAGCUUCGACAGCAGCAAGUCUCCUGCGAAGAAGUCCAACACUUCACCAGUCUCUGCUAGCUCAGCGACGAGAAAACUCUCUAUUAGCACAGUUUCGCCGUCAAGCUACUUCAAUGAUAUCUCUCCCGCGACACCAUCAACUGCCAGCACAACCAACCAGCAAUCGAGUAUGUUGAGUGGUCGUCGACCACGUUAUUCCCAGCUCGUGCUUCCACCACCACCAACCAAGCCUCUUGCUUGGCAAUGGCAAUGUCACAUCUGCCGUUCUCGGUAUUCUCUAGCAGUGACACGUAGAUGCCUCAACGACGGCCACUACUACUGCUCCGGUCAGACUACCUCGAAUCAGCGCAAUGUCAAGCGUCGAAAAGCGAAUCGAUCCUGUACAUCCGAGUUCGACUAUGUUGGUUGGCAGGAUGUGGAGAAGUGGAAGCGAAAGUGUUCAGCUUUGAAGGCUUUUGCCGAAGGAGAAGAAGAAGGACCGAUACUGUAUGGAUGUGAAGGCUGCUGUUUUCCUAGUCAAUGUCGCUACGAAAGUAGGCCAAAACAAGAACGCUUGCCAUUUGACCGAUACAUUGAUGAGAAUGACUUGAAGGCAAUCGUCAAGGACGAAGUCGAAGAGAUGAUCAGUCCUGAGAAAACUGCUUUCGAGGAAGAACGGCUACUAAAGAAGACAGCCUCUGCCUCGAAGGAGAAGCACACAACAGAGGAGAAAAACUUGACUGCACGACGGACCGCAAGAAGUGAUAGUCCAAGCAAGAACACAAUGUCGAAAACUGAUCGAUCACCUUCAGGAAGGCAGCGCUUCUAUUCGAGUUUGACCAGAAGCAAGACUAGCGACGACUCCUCUGGGAGACGAGAUGCAGAAAACUCAUCCGAGCAGGGCAAAUUCGACGCGACUCUUCCCUCGUUGUCCACCAACUCGUUGUCAGAAGGAACUCUGACCCAGGAGGAUGGCGCCUCGACAAAGAGCUCGGACAUGAAUGAACUUACAGCAAUCGAAGCGACCCUCAAAGCAGCUCUUGCUGGCCAGCAAGCAUCGCCGUCCUCAUCAGCCGAGAAGCAAUCACAAAAGUCAGGAGCCAAGAAGCGAGUCAAUUCCAAGGUCAACGAUCCUCAAUUCGAAGUCACUAGCAAAGACAGAUCAAAGAAAGUCCCGUCUUCGACAUUGAAUACGCCAGAACCUGAAAUCAACACCUUACAAAGAACUACCUCUCAACAACGCCUGUUGACAGAUUUCUUCCGCCAGGGUAAACCCAGCAGUGGCAGCAGUGAUCGGUCCAAAGACAAAUCCAAAGACCCAUCAUACUCCGAGAAAGCUCGCCGUGCAGCAUCAGAAGCAAACAUCGCAUCUUUUCUACAGCUGAAGCCAGCUCACGACGAUGAAAACCUACCAACUUCACGACCAGAACCCACAAAGAUCAAUGCAGCAGGACACAACGCUCAACACUUCGAAGAUAUCAACCUAUCGCCGAGCAAAGGUCAUUCACAGAGUGUUUUCACAGAAGUGCUCGAUGCUCCGGGCGAUGAGUGGAUGAAGGAUGUUGAUACAGAUCCUGUCAAGAAGCGUCUAGUCACAGAUGAGUCAGCUGCUGGAAAGACUGCUAGUAGUGCACCCAGUAGCUUGUCAUUUCUGAACUUUGGAUUUGGGAGGAAGUAG